UCUCUGAGCCCCGUGGGCAGGAGCUGCAUCCCAUCUAUAAGAAGUAGAUGAGUAGGGGGUUCUAUUGCAUUGUCAUCCCAGCUUCUUUCCUUCCUUCCUUCCUUCCUUCCUUUCUUCGAUCCUGCCAUCAACCGUUUGUAUCCUGGUAUCUGAAUUAAUCUAGCACUCAGCUCCUCUGAAGUUCCUGAGCCUCUUUCAACUCGUUCGAAUCUCUACAUGUAUGUAUGUGGACGUGACUUCCGGUGUUCCAACUAUUCUUCUUUGACGUUCAGAAUUUCCUACGGUUGAUCUGAUAAGUCUGAACAUCUGAUUUUCCUCUUCCUUCCCGACGAUAACGGAGGAGGUUGAGCAGCUUUGACUAGGCCUUGGCCUGGAAACCGGGUUCCAGAAACUCUAUGAAGGUUUAUAUUACAUCCCAGUGGGACCAGGAACUAGGAGCACUUUUUCCAUUUGGAGGCCUGGAGCAGUAGAAAUUGAAACACUUCAAAUAAUCUUUCAGUAUUGAGAUACAGUGUCAUUCAAGCUAGUCUACACGUUCUGUUCUCCCUCUUUCUGUUUCAGCCUACCUACAUAGAAGCAUCUGACGUUCUUCUGGCACAAGCAAUGACAACGACUGUCAUACAGCGAAAACUGAAUGAAGAAUAUUGCAGAAAUGCAAAUUCUAUUAAGGCGAUGGUAGACUCGGGUCUCACACAUAUACCUUCAGAUUUCAUACUCCCACAGAAUAUGCAGCCACGUUUCACGAAAAGUGACAAGUCCAGGGACGUCCCAACAAUUGACCUCAGCCUGGUGAAUGAUGAGUCCGAGCGACCACGAAUAGCAACAGCAGUCACGGAGGCUGCCAAAGAAUGGGGAGUGUUCAAGGUUGUCGGCCACGGCAUAUCUGCAACGUUGAGGAAGAAGUUGAUCCAGGUGAUCCGAGAGUUCUUCGACCUACCGCUAUCAGAUAAACUGCAGUUUCUGGGUCCCUCAGGGGAUACGAGCACCCCCCGGUAUGGGAGGACCAGGAGAGGCAAGACGGGACACCAGAGCUGGCGAGACCAAUUCCAUCAUAGAACUCCUCCUCUCGAUUUCGAAGAACUACAAUCAUGGCCUGAAAAACCAGAAACUUACAGGGACACUAUCCUUGAAUGGACGAAGGAGAUACAAAAAGUCACAGACACUGUGUUCAGCUUACUGGCAGAUGCUUACGAUUUACAGCCACGACGGCUUCAAAAUUUGAUGGGAACUGCAGAAAGUGGAAUGGAGGCAACCAUGCUGGCUGCAUACUAUCCUCCUUGUCCUCAACCAGAUGUGGCAUCGGGAAUUGUUGCUCAUACCGAUCCGGUCGGUAUGGUGGUUAAUUUUGAAGAUGUGCCAGGGUUAGAAGUCCAGAAAGAUGGUACUUGGAUACUUGUCGCCCCAGAUCCUGAAAGCCUUAUUAUACUCACAGGAGACGCUAUGGAGAUAAUCACGAACGGGAGGUGCAAGAGCUGUGAGCAUCGAGUGCUCCUGAAAGAGAAGCAGGACCGAGUAUCUGCCCUGGUUCUCAUGAAGCCUAGUUUGGAGGCGAAGCUUUGUGUGGCUCCCGAGUUUAUUACAAGUGGGCCACCAAGUCGAUUCAUGGGCAUGAACAUGACGUAUCGUGAGUACCUCCAAACGUUCAGGAGGAAAUGUUCAGACGCGACAGUUGAUAGCUAGAUUGUAGCAACGUGCAUGAGAUCGUCCCUAGAAUAUGUGCCUACAUAUAUGUAUGUGUACAUACAUACAUAUAUGUCGGUGUAUAUAUAUACAUACAUAUACAGCCGUACUCUUGGUGCUGCUCAGUUGUAUGUACAAAAAUAUCUCAAUAAAAACUGCAGAGGUUUGUGUCAUGUCCGAUGAAGACUGGGAUAGAAUAUUGAGCUUCUUACCUACGACUUAGUCUGAGUUUAGUCGCAAGUUUCACGAAGUCGACGAGAUAGAACUAGACAGGUAAAAGAAGAACUUUCGCCUCAUAGUAGAUCUACUAUGAAGCACUAGAUGCAGGACUUCGUGACUCCAAAGCGAUGUGGAUGCAAGGAAUCCUCUAUCAUUUAGUUCAUUUCAAGGUCCAGUUGAUUAAAGGAAGCUCCGGGCCAGGCACAGAUUUCUAGAGUUUGUACAGUGGUUGAUACAGAAUAAAUACGUAGUAUUCCUUCGUACGAU